CGUGGAUGCAGGAAGAUGAUUCCCCAAGGGGAUAAAUACAGAGAGGCUGCCAGGCAGCGCCGCAGAGCAGCAGCAGCCUCUCCUAAAGGAGAUCUGUUUCUGAGACGACCCUGUUUGCCACUCCUGCCGGCCACCAUGGCUCCAAAGGCAGUCGCCUUCCUCCUCCUCAGCCUCUUGGCUGCCACUGCAGGGGCCCAAGACAGCCUCACCCCCAGACAGCUGGCCGAUGUGGUCUGGCAGUACUUCACCCAGCUCGGCAGCAGCGCCGAGGAGACUGUGAGACAGGCCCAGCAGCUGGACAUCACCAAGCAGCUCAGCACCCUGAUCCAGGACAACCUCCAGGCUGUCAACACCUACACAGAGGAAAUGAAGAAAAAGCUGGUCCCCUAUAUCACGCAGCUGCAUGCCCAGCUAGGGGAGGAAGGGGAAAAAGUGAAGGAGAGAAUCAGGCAAGACCUGCAGCAGCUGCAGACCGAUAUUGGCCCCUUCGCUGUGGAGGUCCAGAACCAGAUGGUCACGAUUGCCGAGAACCUGAAGGGCCAGCUGGUGCUCUACACCGGGCAGCUGCAGGCGACGGCAGACACGCUGGCUGCCCAGACGAGUGACCGGCUGGCCUCCCUGGUGCAGGAACUGCAGGCCAAGGUGAAGGAGAAUGUGGGUGACCUCCCAGCCGCCCUCUCCCCCUACGUCGACAGGCUCCGGCAGACCAUCAACGAGCAGGUGGGAGACAUCAAGGGGCAGCUGGCCCUUUUCCCUGAGGAGCUGAAGGCCAAGGCAGACCAGGCGGUGGAGGAACUGCACAGGCUCCUGUCACUCUACGCCCAGACCAGCCCUGAGCAGCUGAAGCGGCAGCUGGAGGGGCUCUCCUUCCAGGUGGCGAAGAGCGCAGAGGGCCUGCGGGGCAAGCUCCUGGGGGAAGCUGAGCGGCUGCGGGAGGAGCUCGGCACCCUUCUGCAGGGAGACCUGGUGCCCCACCUGGGCAACCUGAAGGGAGACAUCGGGCAGCAGAUCGAGGAGUUCCGCCAGCGAGUGGGCUCCUAUGCAGAGCGCUUCAACCAGCUCAUGGUGCAAAGGGUGCAGGAGCUGGGCUUGAAGCUGCAGCCUCAUGCCAGCGGGGUGGAUGACUACCUCAGCUUCUUGGAGAAGGAAGUGCAGGACAGGAUCGUCACCUUCACAGAUGCCCUCCAGCAGGCAGAGGCCCUCCUUCCUACCCCAGAGGCCUGAAAGAGGGCAGUCCCCCCAGCUCUUCCAGAAGAGCCCUGAGACUUUAUUGGUUGAAAUAAAGGACCAGCCCAGCCACC